GUAUAUAUUUACACAUUUAGAUUGGGUGAUCAUACAUAGGAUAUUUACCUUGUAGUACCAAUGGCGGAAGCUGAUUCUGGUGAGAAAACUACUGGAUCCAAGCCGGUUAACAACCGCCUUGGAUGGCGAUCGCGUUGUCGUGAGAUGCAGGGUGUGAACCGUCGUCGUAAAGUCGAUCGUGACAAUCCUACUCGUGAACGCGUUUCAUAUUCUGAUGAAACAGCUUCUAGUCCUGAGUUUGAACGUUAUUACACUGACCAGGCUAUAUGUCCAAAGGGUGAAUGGGAUGAUUUCAUGGCAUCCACUCGUAGGUCAUUACCUAUAUCAUUCCGUAUUAAUACAUGUAUUCCCCUUUGGCGUAGAACUAUACAAGCUUUGGAUUCCUUUAGUUCUCGUCAUCCUGAAUUAUCUCUUGGUCACGCUUUGGAUUACAAGCGUUUAUGUGGUACAUCAGCUAACCUAUUCUACCACCUGGGUUCUGAUAAAUCGUCGUUACGCAAAAGUGAGGACUUGGUAUCAUUUCGUCGUUGGUUGAUUGACGAGGACAAUCGCGGUUCACUAUCUCGUCAGGAAACUGUCAGUAUGCUACCAGUACUCUAUUUGGACCCCUUACCUCAUGAGAAUAUUCUAGACAUUUGUGCAGCUCCCGGCAUGAAGUUUCUACAGAUACUGGACGCAGUCCACAGCUCUUUGCAUUACGACUGCAAACUGUCACCAUGCUCUAACCGCGGUGUGAUCAUCGGUAACGACGUCUGCCAGCAGCGUCUAUCAACUCUAGUCCACAACGUCAAGGGUAUAAACUGCCCAUCUGCUGCUGUUACUAAUUUUGACGCUUCAAGGUUCCCCAAUUUAUACAACUCAAAUGGAGAGCAGCUUCUUUUCGACCGUGUAUUGGCAGAUGUCCCUUGCAGUUGUGACGGCACUAUGCGCAAGGCACCAGAGCUCUGGAAAACCUGGAAACCAGUUGGCGGCCUCCACAUGCACCGUCUUCAGCUAUCCAUCGUCAAGCGCGCCAUGCAGCUACUCAAGCCCGGGGGUACAUUAAUAUACUCAACGUGUUCACUGAACCCAUUGGAAAACGAAGCUAUCGCAAGUUACAUAGCCUCGGAGGGCAUGUUUGAAUUUGGUGUUGAACUAGUACCUCUAGAUCCCAUACCAGGUUUCCGUGCUGACCACGGUCUUGCUUCAUGGUUAGUACCAAAUCCUGAUGGCGGUUACUUCCAGAGUUAUGAUACAGUCCCUGAGUCAAUGCGUCAUCGGGUGAUGCCUAGUAUGUUCCCAUCUCCACAGUGGGACUCCGUAAUGUCAUCUCGUGUCAUGCGUGUGCUUCCACAUCACAAUGACACUGGUGGCUUCUUCUUAUUAAAGGCGAGGAAAGUAGUCUCCAAUAAAGAGCCCAUUCGUGAACCUCGACCUAUAGUAGAGUCCCACCCCGAGCCUAAAUGGGUAUCCAAGAAGCGUGGUGAGAAGUUACUUCACGAGUACGUUCUCUAUAACGAGUUGGAACCCGAGUUAUUCAAUACCCUGUGCGACUUCUAUGGCAUCGGGGGUGACCAACGUGAAUUGUUAUCUCGCAUGCUGGUAACCAAGAGACAUAAUCGCAACCAAUGCUUCCUGAUGGGUGAAGUGGAUUCUGCUGCACUCUACCAGCGCUGCAAGGGUGGUAAGGUUGAGCAUAAUGACUCACCGGGUGAUGAAUCUGCUAUCGCCAAAGAAUCUAUGUCUAAGCGCUGCAGGUUUGCUAUGGUUGGCAUUAGGGCAUUUGCCAAGCAGGAGUCUAAGGCUACAUCUGGGUCACGCUGCAUGAUGCGCAUUGCCCAGGAGGGCACUCUAGCGUUAUUGCAAUUCCUUGGCCGUCGUGUUAUAUAUGCCAAUACAUCUUUCUGUGCAGAAUUGGUAAAGGGCAACAUGCGUUCUGAAAUGCUUCUUGAUCAAGAGCGCAGUGGUAACAUCAGCUCACUAGAUCCACUCAGGGCAAACGGCACCCUAGAGAGUGGUGGCUGCAUAGUUGUCAUAGUACCCACUUGGGGUUGUACUGCUAUAGGUAACCUUAAAAUCGCACUUGACCAUAGUGAGAGAACGGUAUCCGUAGACUCUUCGUUGGUUACUGACCUCAUGGACACCAUUGCGGUAUCAUGUGUCAUAUCUGACAAGGGCGACCUCUUUGCGUACGUAUCGCCUUAUAUAAUGCAGUUGCUGCGCGCGAUAGCGGCUGAAAUAGUGGAAUGAGAUUAAUUUAAAUGUUACGUUGUAUUAUAUUGUGUAGACACUGCUCUCACGU